AUGUUGUCUUCCUCGGUCUCCGGAACCCCGUUCAGCGUCCGCGACAUUCUCAGCGAGGAUCAGCAGUUAGGGAUCAUGGAUUGCUACUCUGCCGCGCAUCAUCAGCAUCAGCUUCAGCAGCAACACGUCCCGCAGGAUUACUACGGGUACAAUAUCGUGCCGGAGAAUAAUUGGGACGUGGAGAAGUUCAAGGAACAGUCGAUGUCGGCUUAUCCUCAUUAUCCCGAUAUGGGACACGUUCAUCAGCUCAAUCAUAUCGCUCCGCCGUAUCAGGAGUCUCCGGUUACAGAAGACGGUAACUUGGUGACUUCGAGCAAGACCGAGCUGAGGAAGAGCCAGUCUGGGAAGAGGACGAAACGAAAGCCGAGAGUGCUGUUUUCUCAAACUCAAGUCUACGAGCUCGAGCAACGCUUCAAGCAGCAACGAUACCUAAGCGCCCCCGAAAGAGAGCUCCUCGCCCAAACCCUAAAACUAACCAGCACCCAAGUGAAAAUCUGGUUCCAAAAUCGUCGCUACAAGAACAAACGAGCGAGAAUAGAAGACGCGGAGAAGCUCCAAGCCCAGAACAUGAAGAAUCAGUCUCUAAAAAAGAUCCACGUACCGGUACUGAUCAAAGAUGGCAAACCAAAUCUUCAAGAGCCCUACAAUCCUCCUUACUGGCCCAACAUCAGGCCAGACUUGGCAGUUUCCAUGCAACCGGACUUCCGAAUGAACGAAAUUCGCCUGAGUCCCGAAUUCAGGACGACGAAUUCCGGCGACAUAAAGAUGGAGGCGUGCAUCAGCCCCGAGUUCAAACAGGAAAUCAACUCCGACCUCAGCGGAAAGUCGAGUUUGAACGGCGAGAUACAAGCGAGACAGCACCACGUCGUCGCAACCGCGGAUUUUAGGAACAAUUUGCCGGCGGAUCCUCGCGUGAACGCGCACGAUUGUCACAGACAGAUGAAAGGGAACGGGAACGAAGUGGCGCCGUUUCCGGAUCUGAAGAACAUCAACGCGGAGAAUAAGUGCAUGGUGAGCGACGGUAGACCGGUGAUGGAUGUCUCGAGCAGCGAUUACGGCUUCUCGAAUUAUCUAGGCCCGGCUAAUUAUCAGAUGCAGUACGUGAAUUACAUGGAACAGGUGCCGAUGGAGCAGAAUUUGCAACGGCUGUGGUAG